GUGUUGAAGCUAGCUUGACUCCGCGCUCUGAGUCUUCCUGGUUCUGCGGACUGAUCGUGUCUUUUUUUCUGCCCAUUUCCAAACAAAACAAAGACUUAAAGUUGGCACACAUUCCCUUGACUUCACCCUGGAAGCUUUUGUGAACUCUAUUUUACUCUAAAAGUGUCUUUUUAUCCGUUCAUCUAAUGCGUCGAGACUUUGAACCGAAACAAGCAGCGACGACCUUUUUUCCAUUCACUCCAUCCAGCGGAUUAAAAACCCAUCCGACCCAACAUGAGACAGGAGUGCAUAUUUUUAUCUGUUUUUAUGUUUUUUACUGCAGCAGCCAUUUCUCCGCAUGCAGAGAAAGAAGAGGAUCAAAACAGUAAGAGUCCAGAAUCAUUUGUGUCAUUUAAAAAGUCUUAAAAGUCUAGUUUAUGUUCCUGAAAGCAAGUCUAGUUUCAUCGGAGCAGUUAUUAAGGAUAAGGAGGCUCAAAUCCGCCAUUAAAGCGAAAAUAUUACAUGAAAUGUAUGUUGAAAUCACAACAGCAUGGCUUAGCCGGCAAAAUACAUAUCAUUUACAGCCCAAAUCAUCACAAAACAUGUAAAAAAAUGUUUGUUUAAAGGUCAAAAGAAGCAUGAAUUAUAGAAAAAUCCUAAACCAGCAAUACUGCUAUUAUGAUUUGUGAAUCAGGAUUUAAAGAGGAUUUAAGUUGCUUAGACGAGUGUAAUGCAGAUGUCAUAUCAUAGAUAAUUGCUUUUAUAAUCUUGAUAUCAAUAUCAUUCAUAGUUUUUAGAUUCUUGCUAUAAUUGAGCAGCCCUACAAUACCAUGUAAUGCACCUGACUGUGAGCUUUUCCCCCCUCAGCUGCGUCUCUUAGGUCGAUGCUUGACGACUUCGACGUGCUGCCUCUCUCAAGCCUGCAGACCCACUCCGUCCGCCGCCGAGACGUCCAAACUCAGACCCAUGUGGAGAAACUGCUCAGCUUCAACGCCCUGCAGAGGUCAGAGGUCACAGCUCAUUUGGGUUCGGUUUACCAAAGAGAAUCCAGAAAGUGACAGAGUGUGUUUUUGUGUUUGUCUGCAGGCACUUCAGGCUGUACCUGAGGACCAACGACCAGCUGUUCACGGAGGACUUCAGAGCUGUGAUGGUGGACGAAGAUGGCCGAGAGAGGAGCGUCUCGGUCAACAGACACAACUACUUCACUGGACAUGUUAUCGGUAACAAAAAAACACCUGUAAAAGGAGAAUUUCCAUCUGUUAAAGGGAGAAUUAGCAGUUUUUUAUGUGGAGUAACUAUGAAUUAUAGUCAGUGUAUAACCGUUAUCUUAGUAAAGAGACUUUUAACCUUCAUAUCAUUUUAUUUCAACUUGAAAAUCUGAACUCUUCAUUUGAAGAUCAGAGGAAUAACUUUUUAAGUUUUUGUUUCUAACUUUCAGGGGAGGAAAACUCUCGAGUUCAGGCCCACAUCGAUGAUCAUGAGUUCUCCGCUCACAUCCUUACCGAAGAGGCUGAGUACAACGUCGAGGUGAGGCAUCAACAGAGAGAAACAGCAUUAUGUUUCAACAUGUAAAAUACCUGCAGGGAAGAAAAAAGGACAUAGAAAAGAAAGAGUAGUUUCGUUUUACUUGAUGCCAGCAAGGAAAGAUGGAAAGAGGAGUGUUGGUGAAAGAAAAUGUGAUACAACACAACAGUAGACAUUAAAAACAUGUUGCUGGCGUCAGAUUUACAAUGUGCAUACAUUUCUCAAAACAAUAACUCUGUUUUUAUCAUUAUUCCUGGGGUCAGUUUUGUGAUUUAAAAAAAAGUUAUACCACCUCUCCUGAACAUCCUGAGAAAUGAACAACAGCGACCAAAACAGGUUGUAAUUCUGGGCUGUAAAACACAUUAGUCUCUGCCCUGACGUUUGGCAUUUUAACAUGAGGCUCUAUGAGGAUUGGCUCACUUUUGGAACAGCCUCCGGUGGACACUUGAGGAACUGCAGUUUCUACUCCUUUGCUUGGCUUUACUUCUUUCACACUGAAGUUCGUGGCUCCUGUAAAGCUCCUGCUGUGAUUAUUCUUCUCUGUUCAGCCUCUUUGGAGGUUCAUCUCAGCGCCUCCUGAUGGUCGUCUGCUGAUCUACCGCUCAGAGGACAUCAAGAACCUCACCCGACUGCACCAGCCAUCAGUCUGCGGUUAUGUGACCUCUGACCCUGGUUUCCUCCUCCCUGAUGGCAUCAAAGCAACAAUAUCUAAGAACCAAGAAGAAGAAGGUAAGAGAGUUAAAACAGAGAAAAUAAAGACGGUCUUUCUUAAAUUAAAUUAGAUGUAUACUCAGACUUUAUCUGACCUGACUGUGAUUCAGAGUCUGUGGUCAGAGAGAAGCGUCAGGUCCACGACCACCUGAAGAACACCUGUCCUCUGCUGCUGGUGGCCGAUCAUCGCUUCUUCAAACACAUGGGCCGAGAGGAGGAGAGCACCACCCUCAACUACCUGGUCAGUCCAACGCCCACCUUUAUCCUCCAUCACCUCCACACAGGAACAAUCAUCAACCUCUCUGUGUUUUCAGAUCGAGCUGAUCGACCGCGUGGACGACAUCUACAGAAACACGUCCUGGGAUGAGGAGUUCAAAGGUUACGGUGUUCAGAUUCAGCAGGUAAGGUCACACUCUUCUGCUUUAGGAACAACAUUUAGAGAUUGUAACACUGAUUCACCUGCACCUUCAAUCCAUCAGAUCAUCAUCGAGAAGAGUGCGACCCCAGUGGCUGCAGGAAAAACUCACUUUAACAUGAAAGGAAGUCCAGUGGAGGGGAGAGACGUGUGGGACGUCAAGAAGCUGCUAGAGGUAAAAACACCUGAGUCUAUAGUGUCGGUUUUUAGCUUUGGGUUCGAUUUUCUGUUAGUUUUCAUCAAACAAAAACAAUUAUGCAUCUGGGGUACACAAAGACAGUAUUUAAGUGUUGAGAAAUGUGCAGGAAAAUACUCUAAUGAGAAAAAUUUACAGUUUGAAAAAGAUUGCUGCUACAAAACAGAUCUAAAGAAAGUCAAAGGAAGAAAUAAAAAUAUCAGAAAACUUCCUCUUCAUUUGUGACUCUGAGCACCUCACCUGUUUGCAUCUCUGCAGCAAUUCAGCGUGGACAUCGCAGAGAAAGCCUCCAAUGUCUGCCUGGCUCACCUCUUCACCUAUCAGGACUUUGACGAGGGCACCCUGGGUCUGGCUUAUGUCGCUCCAUCCAAACCCGACAUCCCUGGAGGUCUCUGCUCCAAAGGUAGAGUCCUGCUGCUUCAUUCCAGUCCAGAUAUACUUUAAAAUAUAAAUAAGGUAUUUGACAUGUGACUAUUUUGUUCCUUAAGCCUGUCCAUCAUCCUCAAACGAGCAAAAAGCGAUCUACCUGAACACUGGGCUGACCAGCACCAAGAACUACGGGAAAACCAUCCUCACGAAGGUGGAUUUGUUUUCUUUACGCUGCAGGUCUCUUAUCCCAGUGCUCAUCAUCUUUUAAAAUAAACUCACUUCUUUGUCUCUAAAGGAAGCAGACCUGGUGACGACUCACGAGCUGGGUCAUAACUUUGGAGCAGAACACGACCCAGAUAACAUCCCAUACUGCGCCCCCCGAGAGGACCAGGGAGGGAAAUAUGUCAUGUACCCCAUUGCUGUGAGCGGAGACCACGUCAACAACAAGGUGACAGAUCUGUUCUCUUUCAGGUUUGUAAAGGUUUUAAACCAAGUUUUAAAUCAGAGUAUUUUUUCUGCCGUGUGUCCAGCUCUUCUCAAACUGCAGCAAACGCUCCAUCGUGAAGCGUCUGAGGUUCAAGGCUCCCACGUGCUUCAAAGAGAGGAACAUUAAUGUGUGCGGGAACUCCAGGGUGGAGCAAGGGGAGGAGUGUGACCCGGGGCUGCUGCACAUCAACUCAGACCCCUGCUGCACCACCGACUGCAGGCUGAGAGCCGGAGCUCAGUGCAGGUCAGAGAUGGAUCCAAGACUUAGAAUCGUGUUUGCAGAAAAUAUUAGAGGGUCACAGUUUUUGGAAAUGUGUUAAAAUCAGAGCUGAAGGUGUAGAGAUGGAGGGUGUGUGUGUCGCACGUGAGCUCAGUCUUGGAGAAGUCAACAUUGUUUUUUAAAUCAUAUUUGUAUAAAGUUUCCUCAUUUCAUGAUACACUGGUACAAUCCGGUUUUGGAAAACCCGCUCCCCUCCAAUGGUUUCUGUAAAAUAGUGACAGUCUUAUCAUCUUUUAUCAAAAAGAACAACAUAAGCACCCAGAUUCAUCUUUUUCAACCUCUCUCUGUUCUUAGUGACAGGAACAGUGCGUGUUGUAAAAACUGCAUGUUCGAGUCUGAAGGUGAAGUCUGCCAGGAGCCCAUUGAUGCCACCUGUAAAGGUCACUCGUACUGCACAGGUGAGCUCAGAGGAAAGUCGCGGGAGUGUUACAUAUCGUCUGCAGACUGACCUGAUGUAUUUUUGUGUGGACAGGAAACAGCAGCGAGUGUCCUCCUCCAGAGAACGCUGCAGAUAAAACCGUGUGUCUGGACAGCGGGGAGUGUCUGAACGGGGAGUGUGUCCCAUUCUGUCAGGCCGUGUUGAACCUGCAGCCCUGCGCCUGCAACGGUACGACACCCAAAAGGAGGAAGUCACUUAGAAUUCAUGGACACAACAUGAACACAGAGCUAGAGACUGAGAGGAUCAUAACAGAAAAUGUCCACCUGGUUCUUGUUCAAAGCUUUUUUAUAUUUUUAUAAGUGAUGGCACUGAAACAGGCUUGAUACAAACAUUUUUCAAACUAUAAAACACACUUUUUUUUAUCUUUUAAAUUUUUUACAAACAUCAGGGUCCAAAUGACAAACUGGUGGAAAGGUUUGAAUGUCUCUGGUAGAUGAAAUAGGCUGCAAUGGAUUCAACAAGAGUUCGUGUUUUCGAUCGACUCAGAUGGUUGUUUAACGGGGGAAGCCUUUAACCUGUGAAGGAUUAUCAUGUUGACAUUACAGCCUGUUAUGCAGACCCUUAACUGUGUAAAAGCAAAUUUAAAUAACUUUUACUGUUUAUUUAUGUUCCACAUAUUCUACUGUUUGUGUUUCUUCGCUGCAGAAACCAACUCGUCCUGUAAAGUCUGCUGUCGUAGCAGCGGUGGCGUCUGCGCCCCCUACCAAGACCAAACAGGCAACUUCCUGUUCCUGCGUAAAGGCAAACCCUGUACAGUGGGCUUCUGUGACGGAGCGGUGAGUUUUUCUCUGCACCUUCUGCUUUCUCAGCCACACAGGUGAAGUUCUACCUGACAGGUGUGUUCCUCUCCACAGGGGAAGUGCAUGAAGCAGGUGCAGGACGUGAUUGAGCGUCUCUGGGAUUUCAUCGAUAAACUCGAUAUCAACACCUUUGGGAAGUUUUUGGCUGAUAACAUCGUGGGAUCAGUGGUGGCGUUUUCUCUGCUGUUCUGGGUCCCCUUCAGCAUCCUGGUCCACUGUGUGGUGGGUCCAAAAACACAUCCACACUCAUGGGCAAAACCAGCAGGAUCAAUCAAUACGUUGAAGUGUUCUUAACAUGAUAAUGGGAAAGGCCAGGGUUGUGGGAUGUGGGUGUUUAUAUACACUGCCGUUUAAAUACACCGAUUGGUGGAUCUUAUUCUAUGACUCGUCCAGUCUCGUGAGAUAUAUCAGUGGUCUCGUGAGCGCGUCUCCUCAAAUGGGAGCAGCGGAUUGGAUCCGGUGGGCCCUGUAUGCUUGCUGAUCUGAUCUGCCUGCCAGCCCAGAGCGGAGCGGAGCCGUUCCGGAUCCAGUGGGAUUCCCAGGUCACUCUUAUUGUCCCAGCAGACCCUGUCCCAACACACCACAUGUCCUAGUAAAACACAUCAAGAAGUCAAAUAUUAUUUUUAGGAGACUUGAAAAUAUUUUUAAAGACUUUCAAAAGAUAUUUUUGUUACAGACCUAAGACUUCACAAAUGCUUGGUACAGAUUCUUAAAAAAUUCUCAUCAUACUUCUGGUGGAUAUGCAUACACAGAACAGGAGCAGCUUUAUUCCACAGGCGCCCUUUGAAUUUGCAGCUAAUCUUGUUUGAUUCACAAAUUGCGGCUGCUAAAGCACCAAGAAUUGCACGAUUUGCCUCAUUAUCUGCCCUGUUUCAAGGUCUAACUUACAAACCAUACUGCCCUCACGUUAUUCAAGCACAAACACCUAUUAAGUUUUGCUGCUCAGUGCAGUUUGCUCUUGUGUUGUGUCUAAAUUUGGAGCCGUCAGUAUCGACACUCUUUGGUGCCCAUUGCUGCGCUGUGCACUCUUAUCCUGACAGUGCUCAGACCUAUGUACAUACAGACAAUAAGCUGAAUGAAGAAGAGGCUCUUAUAGAUCUCACACAAGCUCUAUUGCUUGCCCCCCCGUGGAGCAGGCACUCUUCAUAUAAACCUUUUUUGAACAUUUGAACAGACUUUUUGAUUUGUAUUUUGAGUUUCUUUUAAAGUUUUUUUGCUCUUUUUGUUCUUUCAGGACAAGAAACUGGAUCAGCAAUACGAGCAAACCACCAAGUCGCUGUUCUUCCCAAGUGUGAGUUUACCAAACUAACAUGAUGGCUAACUUUAUUACAAAUCAAUUAGAAAUACUUUAUCAGAAAAAGUAGCAAUGUCAUAGAUAGAGUGUGACUUUUAAUUUUCCCAGAAUGCCGAGCUCCUGAGCAGCCUGGAGUCUGCGUCUGUUCGAAUCUUCAAACCGCCAGCGUUCCCCACCUCCGCCUCCUCCACUGGACUCCGUUUCCAGCCAUGCACCCCCCAGCAAACCAGCACACCUCCUGUAUCUGAUCCCGCCCCCAUUCCAGGCCUGGGCCACGCCCCUCUGGACCCUCGCAUGGCCACCAUCCAGGAGGACCCCAGCUUUGACUCCCACCUGGACGAGGAGGCUCUGGAGGAGGCGUUUGGGAGGCCAGCCGGGGGGGCUCAGCGCUCCUUCGAGGAUCUGACGGAGAAAAGUGUGAUGAGUCGAAGCGAGAAGGCGAUGCUGUUCAGACUGCAGAGACAACAUCAGAUUGACACCAAGGAGACGCAGUGCUGAGAGGACACACCUGUGUGCACCUGCAGAGAGCUGCAGGAACCCAGGUGGAGGUGCUGCUCAGGUAUCAGGUCAUUUUUGUUGAGUUUGGAGAAUCGAGAUGAGUCCUUCAAGUUUCUGCACUGAUGCUUCAGUUUUAUAUCCAACGUGGAUCCGAGCCAAAAUUUACAUUAAACCACUUCAGACUUUAAAAUCUUCUCCUGGACCCUCCAGGAUCAGGAUCCGUCCUUUUUGUGGUUUUGUUGUUGAGUGUCUGGGUUGACUGAAUCAUGUUUUUCACAGAGUCAAACACAGAGAGGUUUGAGCAUCACUAAGAACAUUUUGCUGGUUUAAACACUGAUCAGAUGGUUCAAAAGGGAAAAUCUGUUUUAGCAGAAACAAACUCUUUGAGUUUACAAGAAAACUACCUGAAAUUUGUUUAGUUUUCCCUCCAGAAAUAUUUAAUGCUUGACACAUCUGCGUCAAUUUGUUGCCAAAAUUAAACUAUUGUUUGAAGCACUAAAUGCCAAAGACUUGAUGUCCACCGCUGCCUUAACAAUAUAGUUUUCUAGAUUUAUUUUAAUGCAAGAAAUUUGAAGACAUUACCUCAGACUCCUUAAUGAAUCAAACUAUUGAUUAAAAAAAUGACUGGCUGAUUAGUUUGUUGAGAAAAUAUAUUUAAUUUGCAGCAGAAAAAAACUCCUGACCAUGCUGAAUUUCAGUUUUUUUUCUGACAUUUACUCCUAUUUAAUUGGUUUGUGCUGCUUUUAAAAACAGUCUGUGUUCAUGAGAUGUAACGCAGUGUCAAACAGCUGCUCCUGAUUUUUAAAGGUCAUAUGCUCUGAAAUGUUCUGAUAUAUUUGUCAUCCAGCUUAGAAAAAAAAAAAUGCGUCCAUCACAAGAUUUGAUGUCAGGCAUUUAAAUUGAUGGCCACCAGGGAUUUGAAACCUAAACCAGCCAAACAUCAGAACUUGUUCAUACUGAGACAAGUACUGAAAUCUGUCCUGGUGUUGUUCAGUGUUUAAAAUGUCUUUCUAUGUACAUACAGUGAUAAGCAACAAUAAGCUGAUCCGCUGAACAGCUCACAAAAAUCUGGGAUGAUUUACAGUUCAAAUCGGUUUACAAGCUUUUAGUCAAACAGUGGGUUUACAAAAACUUUUACAGCAUCCUAAAAAACUUUUGCAAGAUCCAAAGAAACUUUUGUAAACACAUUUUGUAAAAAAGAAAGAUCCUGAGAAACUUGUAGGAGUUGGGAGAAACUUUCAUAAGAUCCCCCAGGAACUUUUUUUAAGACACUAAAAAACUGCAAUAUCUUUAAAAAGCCAUAGUAAGAUCCUGAGGAACUUUUGUGAGAGCUCCAGGAUUUUUGUAAGACACGGGGAAACUUUUACAAGAUAAAAAUACUAUUGCAAUAUUCUUGUUUACCUUUAAAACAACCUUGUAAAAUUUUGCUCUCCAUGACCCCCUUAUACUAAAAACUGUAUUUUUACUGAAUGUACCAUCACCACUGACCAUGAUGACUUCAGAUGUUUUGUUUUUCUAGCUUUUAUGGACUUAAAUGUUUUUACUUGUUGAAAAUUAAGAGUACUUUGUGACUGAGGAAAAGUAUUUUUUAAGUAAAUUAUUGUACUACUUUGAUAUGAAACCACUUUGAGAGAUCCAAACUAAAGCAAACAAGAACAGACUUAUUUUCAACUUUGUCAUGAUUUCACUCAGGCUCUUUGGUACCUUACAGAACUCUUUAUGUUUUUAUAUUCGGUGUCGUGUUUUUUGUGCUCUUGUUUUGUGUCAUUCUGUUAUUUGAAAGCCACAGUUCAAAGCUUUUAUAUUUGAUUUGACGAUCAGUGCCUUUAUUUUCCUCUGUGGUAUUUAAAUGCAUUUCAGUCAGUAUUUGUGGCAUUUUGUAUAAAACUUGUGUUUAUAUGAUGUUCCAUGUUUUGUUAAACAUGUUGUGAUACUGUCAUUGAGUAUUGAUCCGUUAGUUAUUUUGUAUUGUUUGUUUCUUUUGUAUGUUGUCCUGCCACUGUAAUUUUCUGCCCAUCAGUCUGCUCUUUCUAAACGAAAUAAUUUACUGUUUUUAUGUUUCAUGUUUUGAGCUCUGUGAAAAAUAAAAUUAUAAUUGGAUCAUUUUAA